AGAAUAUGUUGGCCGAGUGGAAGACAGCGCUCAACACAUGACAGAUCUCUCACUGUGAACCUAUACAGGUUGUCAGCCAUAGGGCCGAAGACACGCAGGAUUACUGCUUCGCAACGCAAGAUAAUACAUUGAAUGUUAUCAUCCGUUGACUGGAAUAACAGUGAUCUGAGAGAUAGGAACACGCUAUCCUGAUACUGCGUACUUAUAUAACUGACAGGGAGAAACACAGGACUACUUAACAUUUUCUUACUACCACAUCAUGGUUAAGGGCCUCAGCCACUGGGCAGACAUUCUAAUAGUCGUUGGCUACUUUGUGAUUGUAAUCGGCGUCGGCCUGUGGUCACUCCGAAGACCAAAUAGAGGAAAUGUGAAGAGCUACUUCUUAGCAGGAAGGUCCAUGCCCUGGUUUGCUGUUGGUGCGUCACUGUUCUCCAGUAACAUUGGCAGUGAGCAUUUCGUAGGACUGGCAGGCGCGGGAGCUUCCUCGGGGAUAGCUAUGGUCUUGUAUGAAUGGUUUGUUAUAUUUCUGAUCCUUUUGUGUGCUUGGCUGUUCCUUCCUGUUUAUAUAUCAGCCGGGGUAUACACACUUCCGGAGUACAUUGAGAAACGUCAUGGUGGCCGAAAGUUACGGACGUACUUAUGUUGCAACGCCCUAAUCCUAUAUAUAGUCUCAAAACUUGCCGUAAGCAUCUUUGCCGGGUCUAUGUUUAUUCAGAUGACCCUCGGAUGGGAUAUGUACCUGUCAAUAAUUGUAUUGCUGGUGAUAACUGGCAUUUAUACAAUCCUAGGUGGGUUAACAGCAGUGAUGUAUACAGACACAUUCCAAACAGCUGUCAUGAUACUAGGAUCUCUCUCCAUUACAGUUAUCGGAUUUAACAAAGUUGGUGGUUUAGAAUCUUUGAAAUCAGCAUACAUGUCAGCUAUUCCAAAGAUCCGAAACAAUGCUACGACAUGUGGAAUUCCAAAGAACGACUCCUUCCAAGUAUUUCUAGAUCCAGUCAAUGGAGAUUACCCAUGGCCCGGCCUAGUCUUGCAGAGUUCACUUGGUUGUCUGUGGUAUUGGUGCUGCGACCAGGUGAUUGUACAACGGUCUUUAGGAGCAAAGAACCUGUCUCAUGCGAAGGGUGGCUCAAUACUUGCCGGAUACCUCAAGACCUUGCCUCUCUUCCUCAUCGUAUUCCCAGGCAUGAUCAGCAGGGUGUUGUUUCCAAAUGAAGUUGGGUGUGUGGAUCCAGAGGAAUGUUCCCGGAUAUGCGACAAUCCGGUUGGAUGUUCUAAUAUUGCCUAUCCUAAACUGGUGAUGGAAUUGCUUCCGGUCGGUCUUCGGGGCCUCCUGAUGGCAGUGAUGGUGUCCGCCAUUAUGAGUUCUCUGACGUCAAUCUUUAACAGCUCCAGUACUGUAUUUACUAUGGAUAUAUGGCGUAGGGUCAGAACUAAAGCAUCUCAACGAGAGUUACUACUUGUUGGAAGGCUGUUUGUGGCACUUAUGUGUGUAAUUAGCAUUCUAUGGAUUCCUUUGGUCAAGUCUUCCCAGGGUGGAAAGCUUUUCCAGUACAUGACGGCGAUGGAAGCCUACCUCGGAGCGCCUACUGGGAUACUCUUCCUGUUAUCUAUAUUCUGGAAGGGAACUACCGAAAACGGUGCAUUCUGGGGUUUGGUAGUUGGUCACGUUUGUGGAAUAAUUCGCCUCGUGUUGGAGUUCGUUUAUCCCCAACCCAACUGUGGAGAAGAGGAGACACGCCCACUCCUCCUAACCAUCAACUAUCUCUACUUCGGUGUAAUCAUCCUCGCCAUCACAGCGGCCGCUACCGUUCUCAUCAGUAUAGUCACCAAUAAACGGACAGAGGACGAGUUACUUGGCGUCACGUGGUGGACUAAGUACAAGGCUGAUAAUGAACCACAAGACGAAGACGAAGACGAAGAUGUAGAACUCAAAGUAUCCCUUUCUGACCCGGAAUCUGACUGUGUAUGUACGACAGAAAAAGAGUUUACAGAAGACGACAUUGUUGCCCCUCAAUCGUGUAUAUGGUAUAAACGCUUGAUUGGGGUGGUUUGUGGGAGCUCAGGAAACCAUGUGACAGAAAUCGCCAUAAACCACAGAAGAGAAUUCGUCUACCAGAAAAAGUGUGCCAAACAGAUUCUGAACAUUAAUGCCGUCAUUCUUGUCAUGAUUGUUUGCUUCUUGGCAGGAUAUUUCAAUUAAAUUAUCAUCGUUGAAAAUAAAAAAUGUGUGCUUGCCCGUGGACUAUGUAACCAUCAAAUAAUGUAUACCACUUUAAAUGAUGAUUGUUAUGGUGUCAUACAUGCAUAUAUUGUAGACUGUCUGUUGUUUGUUGUGUUUGUGUCAAAAUUGAAUACUUCUCGAUUAUGAUAAGGUAAAAAUGAAUAGUCACGUAUUUACAAAUGAUAACAUAACUGUGAUAUCAAUUAUGCACUUCUCUACCUUCUAUUUAAAUUUAAUUAUGGCAUAAAUUUAGACAACAAGUCCAUGGAUAUUUACUAGAAGAUUUAAACACAAACAGAGGAUGCAGAAAACGAAAGAUUUUUUGAAUUUUAACUCACAGUCGAUAAUAAAGUAAUGUGUUCCUAAAGAAUAAGCGUCUUCAGCUUCAGUGACGACAUCUGCAAAUGUAUAUCUUGAUCUAAUUUAUAUAUAAAUAUAUCAUAUAUUAUGUUUAAAUUAUUAAUUUUUUACGCAUUAUGUGGCAUACAAAUGUGAUGUGUUUUGUCUUGUGCUGAACGCAUGUCUAAACAUGCUAAAUGUACAUGUGUAAGUCGGUACGAUGAAUGCUUGUGAUGUUAUCAUUUAUAUUGGAAUAGGCAAUUUAUUUGACAGUGCAAUAUAUUAGUUUUUAAGUGAGUUAGUAUGUGAUUUUUUUGGAAUUAUGUAGAUAUUGAAUAUUUAUUUAUUCCGGAAAUACACAGCUACACUAUAUGCUAUACAUAUGCUCUUGUUGCAAGAUCUCUAUAGAACUGUUAAACAUUAUAUAAUUUUCAAGUACCCACAAAAAAUAUGCACAGUUGUUUUAUUGUUUUCUUUAAUCUGGUCAGAUACAUAUGACGGUCAAUGUGCAUGUGCAAGUAACUAUGAUUGUUAAUAUAUGCAUGGGAGACUUGUUUUCAGUGCCCCAAAGGUAAAUGCCUUAGACCAGUAUAAGCAUAAUAUAACGUAAACGAUAUUUGAAUAGACUUUCGCAAAUCAUACCAGUAUUGAAUUGCAUUCGUGACGGUUCGGUGACUUCACUAUAUCACUUUCAUCAGAUUAAUGACAAGAGGAGUGCAUGUGCACUGAAUUGUGAAGUUUAUGAAAUUGCAAUUAAAUCAAAAGGCAUUCACGCUUUUAUUAUUUUUUUUUUCAAUUUAUUUGUAUACUAGAUGUGCGAGAGUUGUUGCUACUCUAUUCCAGAUUAGUUGAUUGCUUUUACAUCACAAUGUUUCAGUAAACGACAUGAUGUUGAUGUGCAUUUCUUGCCUAUUUGAAUUCGCGCGAGUUUCUGGUGUUAGCGAUGUCAAUUUCUCCGAUAUAAGAUGCGUCGCUGUUCUUACAUCCAAAUUUGUUAACGCAUAACACGGCGUCCUCUUGGUUUUAUCCGUAGAUUCACUAGGAUAUUUAGUUAUCUUUUUUGAAAAAAAAAAUCUGUAAACAGAUCGCAACUGUUAAUUGAAGUAGUAGAGAAAAAAAAUAAAAAAAUAUCAUGCU